CUUUAAAAAUACGGUUGAGCGGCGUGCCAGUUGCCCAAUGCCAAUCGCCUAUCAGCAUCUCGGCUGCACCUCGUUGUGAACUUUUUGCACUUUCAUUCAUGCAAUUACAAUUUCCAUGAUUAGAACAUGCUUUAAAAAAGGGGGCCAAAAUAAAACCCUUCAUUAGAUUCUCUUCCAAAUUUCUAGAUAUCCUUCAAAUUCUAAGCCAGUUAAACCAUAAAUAUCCUAUAAUUGUAUUCUCUCUUUAUUCGUUUAUUGCAAGUGGGUUUGCCGCGCAACCCUCCUUUAGUAUUUUCUUCCGUCUCUCUCUCUCUCUCCCAUUCCCCCCAAAUCAAAAUUCUACUACUUUUUUAGGGUUAUCUAUUUUUUUUUGGCCUUUACUUUUUUAUUGACUAAUGGAUUUGUUUAACCAAAAUUCUAGUUGUUUUCUUUUUUUCUGCCGCAAAAUCAUAAUAUUUCGCUCCAUUUUGUGGGGGAAAGUUGGAAUGUGAAAAGCUUGGAUAUGUUAGAUAAGCAAAGCAGCAGUUUUGGUUCUUCGUUAAUCAAAUCUCUAAUUGUAACCAUAACGGAAAAUAUCGUUUCAUGGGGGUUUUAGGACAGCUCUACACGUUGCCCAAGGACCAACGCCGUUGCUCCCAGUUCCUCGGCAAACUUGAAUCUCGAGAAAAUUACAAUGUCAGCGGCGGCGGUGGCGGUUUUAAGUUUAACAAACCGGCCGUUGGCUUAAAUUUGACUCUUAAAAAUUGUUUCCAGGAUUCGCGAAUAGCCUUGUGUCAGAAAGCACGCGCCUUUGCUCCCCAAUUGGCGCGUGAUAUAGAAAUCAUUAGCCAUAAUGAACCCCAGAAAAUGGCGAAGACGGCGACUGAAACUCGUGGCGCUUGUCAAAGAGGGAACCCUCUUGACUUAAUCGACAAGCCUUUACCUGAAAAAAUUGCGGUUGCUGUCGAUGUCGACGAAGUGCUAGGGAACUUUGUGUCGGCUUUGAACAGAUUUAUAGCGGAUCGCUAUUCGUUGAACCAUUCAGUUUCAGAGUACCAUGUUUACGAGUUUUUCAAGAUAUGGAACUGUUCUCGUGAUGAAGCUAAUAUCCGUGUCCAUGAGUUCUUCAAGACACCAUAUUUCAAGGAAGGUAUCCACCCCAUCCCAGGUGCUCAGAGGGUUCUUCAUAAGUUAUCAGGAUUUUGUAACCUAUCAGUUGUAACGUCUCGGCAGCAUGUGAUUAAGGACCAUACCAUUGAGUGGUUGGAGAAGCACUAUCCUGGACUGUUCCAGGAUAUUCACUUUGGCAACCAUUUUGCUCUUGAUGGCAAGUCUAAACCUAAGUCAGAAAUAUGUCGGCUGUUAGGAGCCAAGAUUCUAAUUGAUGAUAACCCAAGAUAUGCUGCUGAGUGUGCUCAAGUUGGAAUCAGAGUUCUGCUUUUUGAUUAUGAGAACUCGUAUCCUUGGUGUAAGACAGAGUCAAUCAGUCAACAUCCUUUGGUGACUAAAGUACAUAACUGGGAAGAAGCAGAGCGACAAAUAGCGUCUUGGAUUCUUAGUUCUAGUGUCCUUUAAGAUGGACCCUGUAUAGACUCCCACAUCCCAUUUCAUAGUACUUUGAAUUGUUUCUCAAACCAUGAACAUUUGAUGUUGCCAAAAAAUUGGGGCUUAUUAUUGUUCUGGGUGAAUCAACCAUAAGGAGACCAGCCAAAUUGGGGACUUGGUGUAUUUAUUGACUUUGAGGACAAAACUGGAAGGAACGUUGGUGAAAAUUAAUGCAUUUCUUUCAUUGUUAAUUGCAAGAUGCAGGAAAAAGCAGUUCCCAAAUGGUGGGAACAUCGAUGUAAUUAGAUGUUCAGGACUUUGGAGGUUACUUCGGUUGUUAUUGCACUCAAGAAACAGCAGUUUCAUUUUGGCAAUGCUUUGACCAGUUUGAGUUAGGGAAACAAUGGGUAGAUCCAACUUAGCAUAAGUUGCUAGUUAUUGAGUUGCAUAUUUGGUUCCAAUUCCAAAAUCCAAUUUUAAGAAAGGUGUUUUACAAUUGUCUUAAAAAAC